CGCGCCGAAACUCUGGUCAGAGCGCAUUGCGGGAGGGGCCCAGGGUCCAGGGAGUGGCGGUAUCGCUUUGUGUUGAGUGCUCCCCGGGGUCGGAGGUGGUGAUGCCGUGCUCUGCGCUGCCAUCGAACGAGAAACGACAACAUAAUAAUGUCUAUGUUCGGAUGUCCGCGGAUUUCUUGGGCCCUCCCUGGCGCUCGGAGCGCGCCAGGGGCGGCGAUGGAGGGAGGCGCGGCCAGCUUGGGCCCCUCCCUGGCGGCUGGAUCCCCACGCUCGCAAGGGAGGGGUUCCAGCGCUGAUCCAAGAAAUCCGCGCGCGCCUCCGAAAGGUAGCAUGCAUGCUGCCAGUGCAUCUGGUUGUGCGCGGCAGGGCCAAGAUCGGGGCGGAAAGGAUGGUGGCAAUGUUGAGAAGCAGCUCACGCUUGCUCGGCACACGGCCCGCUGUCGGUAUGGCUGGCGGUGCUGUUCAUCUGGGACGAGCGUUGCCUGUUGAACAGCUGCGGUCGUUGGGUUCAGACGGCACUCGCAGUUGGGCAUCCCCUGACAUGCGCUCACCUGAAGGCCCAACGACGACGCGUGCGCAGCCACGUCGAGGUACGCGCGGCUCUCUUGGGCCGGCGCGUCGGCGCUGGACCCCCCUCCCCGCACCCCCUUCCCUGGCGCGCCACUGGCGGCGCCAGAGGAGGCCAGGGGUCGCACGCGUCUGCGACGCCGUUGUGCCCCCGCCAGAUGGGAAGGUGCCAGGAGGAUGACGAGGAGGACUUCGGCGACAUGGACGUCGAGGAGGACUCCCUCAGUGCCGAGCAGCUGAGAGGGCUCCACGCCAAGCUGGACGGCAAUGGAGACGGCAAGGCCUCGCUCCGGGAGGUCCUGGACUUCUCCCAGGGCAUCAGCAAGGCGAUGGCGGCAAGAGACAUCGAGGCAAUCAUGGAAGAGAUAGACACUUCGAAGGACGGCAAGGUCUCGUUGCAGGAGCACCUGGACGACUUCCAUGGGCAGGGCGAUGCGAGCGACGACGAGGAGGCCCAUGAUAUGGAGGUCCGCAAGGAGGUCGAAAAGGCGAAGUUCGCAGCAGCAGACAUGGAUGGUGACCAGCAAUUGGACAAGGCAGAGCUCGCGGCGCUGUUCUACCCGGAGAUUCACGACCGGGUCCUGGACAUCACCGUCCAGGAGGCCCUGCGCCAGAAGGCUGGGCCAGGCGUUUCCCCCAAGACUUCUUUCAAGCGUACGGCCCUGAUGCUGAACAUCAGCAGUCAGAAGGACACAAACGGGGACGGCAAGUUGAGUGCCAUGGAGUUCUGGGAGAUCGACCCCGCUGAUGGGGAUGACGGCGAGAUGUUGGAGGAUGAGCAGCGCGACUUCGCCAAGCUCGACUCGAACGGGGACGGGCUCAUCAGCGCGGAGGAGAUGCGGCACUGGGAGUCCGGCGCGUUCCACGUCGAGGACGCGAUGCAGAAGCUUUUCGAUCUGUCGGACGCCAACAGCGACAUGCACGUGACCGCGGAUGAGCUCGUCGCAGUUCGCGGGCAGGUGGGGGCUACAGACGCCCACUUCCACCUCAUCGAGUGGGCCGAGCACCACGAGCUCUGACGCACCCUGUCGCGUGCCCUUCAAUGGAGCGCAUGGAUAGCUUGUUUCUGCAAUCAGUUGGAGUGGAUGUUGAGCCGACGUGGAGAAUCAUCCCAGCAGACGGCACAUUCAAUCCAUGGUGUCGGGGCCCGUUGCCCCUUUUGGUGCCCGUGGCGCAGUAGAGGCCCAACAGACGCGCGAACGUCUGUUGUGAUAAAGGGAUCAGUUGCUGCAAGGUGGGUCGGGGGACGAGAGUCGUGCGCGAAAAACGCAUCUGUCUCCCCGACCUCGCGGGCUGGGCCUAUCCGUGCGACCGCGUGUCCACGGGAUCCGCGCCGGAACCUUGACCGCGAGGGCGCGGAUACGGAUAUGGUCGCCGCUCAUAAGACAGUGCUCG